UCUCAGUUCUAUUGUAACCGCGCGACAGUCAGCACGCCAGUAGCGGCUCGGCGCGUCAUGUGUAGGGUACACAAUACCCGCGUAUAUUCGCUGAAUUUUCGUUUGCCACUGCCUUUUCGUUUUAAGGGCUAUUCGGCGAUACUGUGGUGGUGUUUGUUGUGGGAUUCGAUUUUCGGAUGUGAGGGGCUUGUGCACCGUCGAUCUGGGGAGCACGGUUGGGGACAGUUCGAUUAUCAUACGUACCCUCAUCCUGGGAAAACACCAAUUCAUUCCAGCGAAAUUAUGGCGGAAGUCGUCAAUAGAUUGGGACUGAAUUUGCUAGCAAUUCACAAUGAACACAACGAAAAUAAUAUUGCCAUAUCGCCCUAUGGGGCACUAACUAUACUAGUAGCCCUGGGAGAAGGUCUCCAAGGAGAAUCGGUCAACGAGUUACAAACAGCUGCACAAAUACCAAAUGAUAUUUCUACAAUUAGAGUUGGACUUAGGGAUAUUCACCGCCAUCUCAAGAGUUAUUUCAUCCCAGCUGAAGGUUUCUUAGCAGGGCUCACGCUUAACAAUCACAAUGUAUCUUUAAAACAUGGUUAUAAAGAAAUUUUAAAAUUUUACGGCUUUGACAUCAUGUCAUUCAAUAAUGCGCUGUACCCAGAUCCUCCGACAACAAAAAAAGCAACGACUACUACCACGACAGAAAGGAUUUUUUGGGAAUUGACCAUGAAAACGACACCAACAUUUAUUUUAAUGCCUACUAUUGAACCUGAAUCAAAUUCCGAAGAAUCUUCAGAAACGAAUUCACUUACCACAAAUACCAAAGAUUUUACUUUAUUUACAAUUGCUAAAGAUACCACUACUACGAAAUCUCCUGCUUCGACUACAACUACUAAAGAAUCUACCAUAACUACCAAAGAAAGCGUUCGUACAAAAUCUCCUGUAAUUACCACAACUGCCAAAGAAGAAACUACUACAGAAUAUGUUGUACCUACGACGAUUACCAAAGACAUCACUACUUUUAAAUCUGUAGAAAGUAUUCCUUUUACUGAAAAGAGUACUGUACAAUAUACAACAAUCGAGACAACCACUAAAAUACCCACAAUCACUAGUACAAUAACUACUCCAAAACAAACUACUGAAAUCACAGAAAGUACGCCUACUACCAACGCUAACGAGAAGCUGACGGUUAGUACAGAAAAUCACAGCGAUGCAAAAGAAACUUCAAAAACAAGUACCAGUCUAGAUAGUACUACAACAGAAAUAACAACUGUUCAAGGAAUUACUUCAACUAUAGAAACUGUUACAGAGGAAUUAAGUACUAUACAAGUUGCAGAGAGUUUUACCGAAAACGAUGCGAGUACUAAACAGGAAGAAAAUACAGAAAAGCAAAUUGACUCUACCAUCACAACGAUAGGUUAUGUCGAUAGUUCUUCAGAAACUACUACCACCACGAUGUUGCAAACAACAGAAUCUGAUGAUAAAGAGUCAAAAACUACAAUUACUAAAAAAGCAGAACGAAAAACAAUGCCCACUACAGUAACAAUGCCCACUACAGAAACAAUACCCACUACAAAAACAAUGCCCACUACAGAAACAACUUUGAAAACAACUACAGAAAUCAUUACAGAAACAACUACAUUAUUAUCAUAUCCUUACCCCGAAGCUUCUUCGCCACCUACCACAGCUAUUCCAGUAGCAGUAAUGGAUGAGAAUGAAGUCGAUAAUGUAGAAGGUAUAAUGGAGGAUCCAAAGAGUGAUAAUAAAAAUUAUAAAAAAGAAAUUCGAAAACGAAGAUCAAUUUUAGAUUACAUCAUAGCUCAAUACCAUGAUAACCAGCGAGCUCAUGAUGAGAACUACUCCCUGAACCAUCCAUACUUACCUGAAAAUGUUCAAGAAGACUACAUGGAGACUCAAACGCGACCAAGCUUUCCUUCAAACCAUCCAUACGCAUCUUUAUAUCAUCAAGGAGACGACUUUCUGGUGACUCCAAACCGACCAAGCUUUCCUUUAAACCACCCAUACACAUCUUCAAAUCUGGCUACUCAAACGCUAUCAUACUUUUCUACAGACUAUCAAUACUUACCUCUUUCACAAGACAGCUACAAUCUAGCGAUUGAAACUAGACCAAACUUAGAUUUUCCAGAAGGCUACAAGCCUGUUCACACGCGUCCAAGCUUUAUUGUUGAUGGCAAAUAUAAGGAUUAUAGCGUAGACUUCACGAAGUAUGAUGCGAUUUUGCCAUAUUUAUAUAUACCACAUCUCAAAGCGGGAGCUGUUAGUUUCCCUCUUGAUAGCGAGAUGUAUUACUUACUUUUGCUGCUACCUGACAGUAUGAAUGGAGUGGAUAAAUUGAUAUGCGAUUUAAGAUUGGAUGGUAAUUUGAAGAGUAUCGUAAAUGGAUUGAGAAAUCGGCGUGUGACUGCGACUAUGCCUAAUUUUAAGCUGAACGGAUAUGUUAAUUUAACGCCGAGUUUACAAAAGCUGGGUAUCAGAAGAGUCUUUGAACCAAAUCAAGCUGACUUUUCGCGGAUGACUAGCGUAGACGACAUUUAUAUUACAAAUAUAGAACAAGCGAUAACUGUAAAUAUAAAAAACUAUGGAAAUGCUGGUGCUAUUAACAACAGAAGAGAGUACACGAAAGAAUAUCCGAUUGACAUCAAUGUAAUCCACCCCUUUUUGUAUUUCGUGAUGGACAGCGAAUACCAUGUUGCUUUAAUGGCGGGAAAAAUAGUCAAUCCUCUUAAUACGAGAAUAGCGUAGAUAUACCUAUAAUUCUCCUGUCCUUAUUUUUAAACUAAUCUCAUAUGUGUUAAAAAUUGAGUAAUUUAAUGUCAAAGCCUAAGGCGACUUUGUUUUAUUAAUUAAACUACAAUUACCAGAUUUUUAAUUACGUAAGACACAUUAAAUAAGGACAGA